CAGAAAUCGCGGAGUACUGAACAACCUUAUUCCCUUCAGCAUCCAUCAGCUGCACAGAGGUCAUAUCCCUGCAACGAUCGUGUGCGACCACCCCGCAUCUCUUCGUGUGUAGACAGACAUGUUUGCAAAGACUUUCACCCGCGCUGCAAUGCGUGCCGCAACCCCAAUGACGCCUACAACGCUUCGUAUGCAGCGUGGUUUCCGGUCUGCUGUGCCUGUGUUUGCUGUCCGCAAGGCAUAUACACCACAGCAUGAGUGGAUUUCUGUCGAUUCCGACACCAAGAUUGGCACGGUCGGUAUCACCGACUACGCUCAAAAGGCGCUCGGCGAUGUUGUGUAUGUGGAAGUGAUUGAAGCCGGUACUGAGGUCGAAAAGGGCGAGAGUGUGGGUGCUGUGGAGUCUGUCAAGUCUGCAAGCGACAUCUAUGCACCUGUCAGCGGCGAAGUCUUGGAGAUGAAUGAGGUUUUGGCCGAUAAGCCUGGAAACCUCAACAAGGGUGCCGAGUCGGAUGGCUGGCUAUGCAAGGUCAAGGUCACGGAGAACUACGAGUCAGAGCUGGAUGCCUUGCUGGACGAAGCUGCCUACAAGGCCCACUGCGAGGGCGAAGAGCACUAAGAGCCUGAUAUCAACCUACACUCUUCUUGCCGUAUUUACAGGCCCAAGACCUACCUAGACCUAGUUAGUAGUCAUAUAUCAUCCUGUCUUGCUGCUG